AUGAACAAUGAUCAGUUUCGUCGGCUUGCGCUUGGCGCCGGCAAGCAAGGAGGCCCCAAGGAUGAAGCAGGCAAAACGUCAGCGUCGCCUAGCCCCGGUAUUCUAGGAUCGAGACAGAAGUCCAGCAUACCGAUGACGCCUCGUUCCGGAGGCAACGUUAGCAGAGUAGCCUUUGCUCGGCAGAUGGCAGAACGAUUCCAAGAUACGGAGAAGCAAAAGAAGGUUCGAACAUCGGUUCCCAAAGGCAGCCGGCUUGCUCAGGGAUACGUCGACCGCGCAAAGACCCGAGUGGGCGAAGACAGCACGGACGAGCGGGAACAGAGGCUGGCAGCGUUGCAAGAGGCGCUCAAGUUGGAGCAGAUCGACCAGGCAACAUACGACAGAUUGCAGCUCGAAAUUGCGGGUGGCGACCUCUCAAGCACACAUCUUGUAAAGGGCCUGGACUUCAAGCUGCUGGAAAGAGUGCGAAGGGGCGAGGAUGUGUUUGGGGAGGAGGUUAAGGCGACAAAAGACGAGGAGCAGAAGAGUGGCAGUGAAGACGGCGAGCCUGCAGGCGCAGCAAAACCGGGCGACAACAUUGAUGAUGAGUUUGAGCGUUUGGUUGAAGACAAGGUACAAACCAUCACGCACGAAAAGGUGAAGAAAAAGGGCCAGCUGGCGACAACGAGACUCGUCCCCGGACAGAAACGGACAAGAGAUCAGAUUCUUGCGGAGAUGAAAGCGGCUCGCGAAGCUGCGAAGAAGAAGGAGCUGCCUGCGUUGGGGUCACGAUUUAAAAGAAUCAGCGCGCCACAAAAGGCGGGAUCGCGCAUCGAGCACGACAGCCAGGGCCGCGAGGUUCUCAUCAUUGUAGACGAGGACGGCCACGAGAAGCGCAAGGUGCGGAAGCUGGCGAGAGGCACAGACGCAAGGGAAGCUAAGGAGCGCGAGAGACAACGCGAAGCAAUGGCCCCGGCCGAGGGAGCCGAGGUGCUCGGCAUGGAAGUGCCAGAGUUUUACCGAAAACAGCAAGAGGCGGAGGCGGCAGCAGCGGCAGCAGCAGCAGCUAAGCCUGUGGAUAUCUUUGAAGAUGCGGACGCAGACUACGAUCCGCUGGCAGGCAUGGGCUCCGACUCAGACUCAGAUUCAGACUCGAACUCGGAAGCAAAAGUACAGACGGAAGCCCGGACAGAAACGAAGGCGACCAGCAGCAGGUCUCCGUCAAGAGACAAAGAGGAAGGCGAGGCAAGCGACUCUUCGCAAGAUGCGAAAAACAAGCGGCUCGCCUCAAAAGAGAAGACACAGCCGACACAGCCACGGCAGAGCUAUUUCAAAGGGUCGACGUUGCUGUCAGAGGUGUCGCGAAGCGGACCGUCGAUGGACGACCCGGCAGUGGUGUCAGCACUGCGCAAAGCAAAGGCGAUGCGCGAGGCAGCCGAGUCGGAAGAAAAGAGCAAAGAGGACGAGAGGACGGAGCGGCUCAAGAAGCUGCUGCAGGCCAGCGACCGGGAUGCCGAGGACCUGGACAUGGGCUUUGGCACCAACCGGGUCGAGGACGACGAGGACAUGGAGGAAAGCGACAUCAAGCUCUCUACGUGGGGCGACGAAGGCAAGGGCGAGGACGGCCAGUCUCGCGGCGAAAAAGGGAAGCGGAAGAGGGGGGCGAAGAAGCGGAAAGGCGACGGCAAUAAUGCGGCGGACGUGAUGCGGGUGUUGGAACGGCGCAAGGGAGCUGGCGGGGCUUGA